AUAAAAACAAAAACACACAAAAAUAAAAAACAAAAACAAAAUAAAUUAUCAAAAGAAAAAGAUAAAGCCGCCAAUCAAAUUCCAUCAGCUCUCAAACACAACUCAAACUCGACUCAACUCGACUCAAAGCAUUUCACAUUUUCAAGAUCCAUCCAUCGAUCCAAUCCAAAAUCUUCAAAGAGGCUAAACAUGAGGAAACCAUCCACGUCAGCAUCAGCGGCUGCUGCGGCCACCUCCUCCACCACCACCACCACAACUAAAACUCCGUGUUGCAGCAAGGUAGGGUUAAAGAGAGGGCCUUGGACGCCGGAAGAAGACGAGCUUCUCUCCAACUACAUCAAGAAAGAAGGCGAAGGCCGCUGGCGAACUCUCCCCAAACGCGCUGGCCUCCUCCGCUGCGGCAAGAGCUGCCGCCUCCGUUGGAUGAACUACCUCCGCCCCUCCGUUAAACGAGGCCAGAUCGCCCCCGAUGAAGAAGAUCUCAUCCUCCGCCUCCAUCGCCUUCUCGGCAACCGGUGGUCGUUGAUAGCUGGGAGAAUACCCGGAAGAACGGAUAACGAGAUAAAGAAUUACUGGAACACUCACCUGAGUAAGAAGCUGAUAAGUCAAGGGAUAGAUCCAAGAACCCACAAGCCAUUAAGUAAUAACAAUGAUCAUCAAAAUCAAUCUUCUUCGGCUGAGGCGAAUCCUCAUAAGGCAUCUUCUUCAUCAUCCAAAGCGAAUCGCAGAACAAACCCUAACCCUAAUUCUAAUCCUGUCAUUUCUUCUUCGCAUUUGGAAGAUCAUCAUAAUGAUACUACAUUGAUGAUGAUGAACACUUCUCAGCAGCAUCAGCAGCUGGAUCAUGAGACCGGUAACGGCUACACAGGUUUGCUGAAUGGUGAGGAUGAAUCUAGGGUUGUGGGAUUGAGAAACAUUGGCCAUCAUCACAAUGAAGAAGAUGAAGAUAUUAAUUACUGUAGCGACGACGUUUUGUCUUCGUUUCUCAAUUCAUUGAUCAAUGAAGAUGCAUUUGCUGCACAACACCAAGCAUUACAGUUGCAACAACAACAACAACAUAAUCAGCCAACAGGGAACACUGCACAGCUUCCUGAUCCUUUGGUUUCGAUUUCGGCAACGGCGUUUGGGCUGGGAGCCAGUUGGGAAUCUCCGUUAAUGGCAUCUUCAUUUAGCCAGAAUGAGCACAAGAAGGUGGUGAAUGAUCGUGUUGAAUAGCUGCGUCACUGCUUCCACUAAAUAUGAUGAGAUUGGAGUUGUUUUUAAUUAGAUUAUGAGAAUAAUAGGGUUUGUUUGUUUGUUUGUUUGUUUGUUUUUUUUUUUUUUUUAAUUUUUUCAUGUAUGUGUUGAUUUUGUGUUCUUGUUCCACUUCUUGAUGAUAUCAUUUUCAGUGCAACUGUGUUGCAUUUGUAAAAAUAUAUAUGUUGUAGAAAAAAAUCACAAGUGGAACAAUAUGUUGUAUCAAUCUAGAGGUGUGUUUGAAUGUAAUUUCAUUAUACAAUCAAUCCAAUAUGUCAUGUUUGUAAGCCUCUAUAUAAAUAUUGGUUCCAAUUUCCAUUA